GGCGAGGUGUUUGGUGUGUCAGACAGCUUGGAUGUAAGCAGGAGGAAAUGACUCAGAGACUGAAAAUGAUGAGUUUCUGAACGCUUGCUAAGGGAGGGGUAAGAAGAACAUGUCGCCAUCAGCAUAAGUUACAGUAAAAGCACGUAACUGCCUCUGCUCGGUGGGCGCAGCGCCUGGCGCGGGGCCAUUUUGCGGGCGAGCCACGGCUGCCCUCCAAGCCCGCCCGCCCCUGCGGUAGGUGCGGGCGGCGGGCUGGGGCGCUGCCGGUGUCCCCGGGCGAGGCGGGAGCGGAGCGGAGCGGAGCGGGGCGGGCGGCGGCGGGGCGGCCCGGCGCGAGGUGCCCCCCGGCGGGAGGAGCCAGGCGGGGCGGCCCGCAGCCCCUCGCCGCUUUCCCCCGGCGGCGCCCGGCGUGCGCGCCGCCCUCGCCCGCUGAUGCAAUCGGAGCCCGCAAGCAGCGGCAGCAGCGGCGGCAGCAGCGGCCCCGGCGGCGCCCGCAGGCGGAUCGGCCGGCCCUGAGCCCGCGCAGCGCCGCCGCGCCGGGGGGAGAGCCGCGGGGCUCCGCAGCGCUGCCCGAGCCCGAGCCAGCGGCUACCCCGAGAGCCCGCGCCGCCGCGGCACGGAAGCGCCCGUCGCCAGCAUGAGCAAGGGCUGUCAGAAUGAAUGCACGGCUGGAGGAUGCUCAGAAGAAACAGCAAAGUAUAUGACUGAGUCUUUCAAGGCUUCAGACUUGAUUAUCACCCCAGCUACAACUUUCAAGGAAAAACCAGAUCCCAGUGGUUUGGUAUUUGGAACUGUGUUCACUGAUAAUAUGCUGACAAUUGAAUGGUCCUUGGCUUCAGGAUGGGAGAAACCUUAUAUUAAGCCGCUUGAGAACCUUUCAUUGCAUCCAGCCUCCUCAUCUCUGCAUUAUGCCAUCGAACCAAGAGGACAGACAGAGGAGAAUCUGGUGCCAAUGCUGUGGCUCAAUGAAUACACAUUGUUUGAAGGAAUGAAGGCUUACCGAGGAGUAGAUGGUAAAAUCCGCCUGUUCCGGCCAACCCUCAACAUGGACAGGAUGGCACGAUCAGCAAGACGAGCAACUCUGCCAUCUUUUGACCAGAAUGAGCUGUUAGAGUGCAUCCGGAAGCUUGUGGAAGUGGAAAAGGAGUGGGUCCCGUACUCAACAACUGCCAGCCUGUAUAUCCGUCCUACCCUAAUUGGAACUGAGCCAUCCCUUGGAGUGAAGAAGCCAACUAAAGCCCUACUGUAUGUCAUACUGAGCCCUGUGGGCCCUUACUUUUCAAGUGGAAGCUUUAAUCCAAUAUCCUUAUGGGCAGAUCCAAAAUAUGUAAGAGCCUGGAAAGGAGGAACAGGGGACUGCAAACUAGGAGGGAAUUAUGGUUCUUCUAUUUAUGCCCAGCAAGAAGCCCUGGAGUUAGGCUGUCAGCAGGUUUUGUGGCUCUAUGGAGAAGAUCACCAAAUAACUGAAGUUGGAACAAUGAAUCUGUUUCUCUACUGGAUAAAUGAAGAUGGAGAAAAUGAACUGGCAACGCCACCUUUAGAUGGCAUCAUCCUUCCAGGAGUGACAAGACAAAGCAUUUUGGAUUUGGCACGUAACUGGGGAGAAUUUAAAGUGUCUGAGCGAUAUAUCACCAUGAGUGACCUGACAACUGCCUUGGAAGAGGGCAGAGUAAAGGAGAUGUUUGGUGCUGGAACAGCUUGUGUUGUAUGCCCCAUCUCUAACAUUUUAUAUAAGGGCAAGCAUUUGCACAUUCCAACUAUGGAGAAUGGACCUCAGUUAACAACCCGUUUCCUGAACAAGCUGAGUGAUAUCCAGUAUGGAAGAGAAGACAGCGACUGGGCAGUGCUGGUGUCAUGAAAGUGGAAGAGUUCAGACCCUCCAGACAGAACAGACAUGAAUAACAACAACUUCUGUAGCUGCCUGUGUGUAGCAUAGUUUCUAUAUCAGUUUGCUCCCCAGGAUGAUUGUUUCCACAAUCCGGUGAAUGUGAACACAAUCAUUUUGAUUUUUACUGUAAUCCUGUUGGUAGAAGCCUGUCUUCUUGGUAGAGGUGCUAAAUAUUAGCAAUAGAACUUACCUAAUGGUUUUCUUAGUGCCUCCUUGUAUCUUAUGUGGUCUGAAAACUUGUAAAAUGCUCUUCAACUGCUCUUCAGUUUGAUUUGUUUUAACUGCCAUCACCAGCAGAGCACAUCAUAUAGCACAAGGACGCUGCCUGCUAGCUGGCCGCAGGGUUCUAUUGACAUUAUUCUGCCUUUUGCUCUGUGUUCAGGAAACAAGUUUAGCCACACAUUCUUUUUUUUCAUAUUCUGCUUGUAUGGGAGAUUCCUGCAUUUGCAUAGCCCUCUAGAUUCCCCUGUGCAUAGCCUCUCAAAUAACAGCUCUGUCCUUUAGGCCAAAUUUCUGAAUCGAUCUAGUCUGCAAUACACUCCCUAUUGGCCUAUUGCCUUUCCCUCCAUAGGGAUAUGCAGUGGCUGCUUGGGCAGUGCGUACCUCUUUAACAGUUGAAUACAUCCUUCCAUAUGUGAUUUACAGGGCUGGGUCAAGCCCUGCUGAGACAAGAAUUACCUUUUGUCUGGCCUAGCACAGAGCCGGGCACACGGACAGUGUUGCCUUCCAGGCAAAUGUCUAGAAAAUAAGAUUAGACAACUGUGGCUGUGAAAGUUGAACCGCUCUUCACAGCAACCAAACCUUUGGGUGGAGGAAUUUCUUUCAUCAUUCAGUCACAUGAUUUAGAUCAGCAAAAUGUUUUUCUUGUCCCUUUCACCACUCCGUAUGAAAUCUAUUCAGCGUCCAUUGACACGUGUACUUUAAUAAGAGCCUUCCUAUUAAGGAACAAGCUGUGUUGUCAACAGAAAAUAUCUAGCAAAAUAAGGAAAGAUAUUUCAUUUAAACCGUGGUUUCAUUCUGUUUAAGCGCAUACUUCUUCAUACACCGCUACUCUCUCACAUGCAGUCUUGGUACUAUUGGAAGCGAUAUAAAGCAUGUAGCCCACAGUUAGGGAACAUUCACUAACAAUCAUACUGUAAUAUUUAUUAGCUUUCUCUUUUUGCACACAGCUUUGUUGAACAGCUUUAAGAUACCUCUUGCCAAAAAGGAUCACCGUAUCAAUGUUCCAAAGUGCUACUUCAGUGUAAAACUGGUGAAACUUUACUGACACUAAUGGAGUCCUAUAAGGAGUAAAAGUGAAACAUUUAUUGCCAUAGUUUCCAGUAGAGAUGCACCAGUAUGAAGGGACAUUUUUAGCACUUUAUUAUUUUUUUUAAGACACAAGAAUAUCUCUCCCAUGCUUUAUAAAUCUUUGUAGUUAUUGGCAUAUGUUAUCAUAGCUUAAAAAGGCAAAAUAUAAUUUCUAAUAGACCAUCCAUGCCUUAUGCAACUGCUAAAAAGUAGCCUUAUGGCUUUCCUGUUCAUUUUUUGUCAGAUUUUAAAGACAACCCCUGCUUAGCUAUCCUUUCUUUUGCUCCCUCACAUCAUGACUUUUACUAUCUUUCACUGCAGUCCAAUUUAAUCUUUUAAUGAAGAACAGUUGAAGGUUCUCUCUGACAACGUAACCAUUGUUAAAAUUUGUUGGAUAGUUUUCUCUUUAGAAUACAGCUGCAAGCACAAAAUGUUGUUUCACUUACAGUAGCAAUAGUAUUGUGUGUCUGCUUUUCUGACCAUUUGAAUCUGUAUCAUGUGCUGGUCUUCGUUCAGUAUCUUACUAUGUAUCGUAAGCUGCUCGUAGUCUUUCUUUUAUUUAAUUAGAUAGGUGGUAAAACUAACAUGGGGAAUAUGUCAAGAUGCGAUGUGGGGUAGAGAGUUUUAUCCAAUGGGACAAGUAUCAUAACUAAAGAGUGCCUUUAACUAGAGUGUGGCAUGGAGCUCUCUGAAGAGUGUGUAAUGAGCAACCACAUGUGGCUUCCUGUUACUGAACUCUCUAAUCAGUCCCCUCAUGUUCCUCUUGGAUUUAGCAGCAAAAGGAAAAGUGGGAAUGUCUAACUUCAGAUGCAUGGCGAAGAGGUUGUACGAUACCUUAACAUCUCAGGAUGUUGAUAGAGUUAGCAAGUAUCAUAUAUCAAAAGUCCCCACAAAGGCAUCAGUAUAGCAGCAGUAAUCUAUUCCCUGGUCAGAAUGAGUAAGGACCAGUUAGAAGAAUUAUUUUACUGUGGUGUCAACCUAAAAGUGUAAAACUCUUCUUAAAUUGGCUGCAAGUAAUUUCAUGUGAGGAAACGAGGCAGUUUCAUUUGUUGUGGUUUGCACGGUUUCCUGCACUGAUCGGAGAGAUACCUUUCCUUUUACUGCCCAUUUUGAGCUGAUGGAGACUUCAAAAUGAUGAGAGCUGAAACUGAAAUGAUCCACAGAAAUGUGUAGACUUUUCUGGCAUAGAAGAAUGAAAACAUGUAGUGUGUAUAUGUUAGUUGUCUUUAACAUCUUGGUUAAUUGCUUUACGCUGGCUAUGUCAACUCAAAGUUGUACUUAUUUCCAAACAGGAACCAGGUGAAUAGGUUCUCAAUUUUAAACUUUAAAACCUAAAUAAGGGAGCUGACAGGUCAGUAUAAUACAGGAAAUUCUUCUAAUGUUGCAUGCUGUCCUACCCUGCAUUCUGCCACUGCUUUUUUAUCCUGUUAACCAAAGGAAAAAAAAAAUGUAAAUAACAGUAUUUGGUAUUGUAUUCUUCCUAUUUUUGCCUGUACAAUUUAGGAGGGGACUGUGGUAUUCCCUGAGCUAAUAAUAGAUUGUAAAAGAACAUCUGCACAUCUUUUCUCCGUGUGCCCUAUUUGUUUAAUUGCAACAGACUUACAUAGAAAGAGUAUGAUACAUCAUAUCUAGGCAAUUAUUCAUUCUUCAUCACUGAGUUAUGGUUCUGGUAAUUGAUCUUUUAAGACAUAAGAAAGUCUAACAUUAGGAAAAUUAGAAACUGUUCAAAAAAGAUAAAUUAAUAUUGUUUUGUGAUAUUUGCAUAAUUGGCUGCAAUUAUUUAAUGUUUAAUCGGAUUGAUCAAAUGAGAUUCAGCCUUUCACAUGCUUAUGUUUUACAAACACUGGUACUUUAAAAUGAUAAUAAUGAACUCUUAAUUUUCAUAUGUUCUUUCUUCUCCCCUUCAUUCUUUUGAUUAUUAUUUUCAGUAUUGAGCAUGUCCUUACUUUUCAGUUUGGUGAGCACGAUUCAUGCAUAGGAAAGAAGUCCUUCAAAUGAGAGAACUUUUCAUGAGACCUGCAUUUCAUACAAGCUCUUCUGAUGCCAAGAGUUACGGCCUCAGCAACUGACAUUAACUAGAUUCUUAACUGCAAUAAGGGCAAAUUGACUGAGAAUUUCCAGUGACAGUCUCUGGUGAGAAUGCUAAUAAAGGUUCCUCCUUCAGGUAGAUAAUCUCUUCAGUCUGUAACAAUGCAAAGCAAAUGAUUUUUUGGGAUAUAGAAGGGAAGUCUGAUAAAACAAAAAUCAAGAUAGUGAGAGAUCUCUCUGCUCAGCCAUUGUUUACACCUGUUCAACUAUCUCAAGCCAAAAAGCAGUUAUCCUUUCUAGAUAAACUCAUGUUUAGGGCUUAUGUAAUUCAACAGAGAGAUAUCACUGAUCCUCUCCUGUAUACUUAUUUUAUACUUAUUUCUCCUCAGGUUUGAAGAGUGGUAAUUUAGAGAAAUGUGAUACUUGAGUCAUUUGGAGUGCAAGUUAUUUGAAAGGUCUGUCUAAUACAUGGUCUUCCAAGGAGGUAGACAGAAAAACAGCUGGGACCCAUCUCAUAGCUGCCUAAUUAGAGGAGGAGCCCUCUUGAAUUCAAUGACCUCUCCCAAACAAUCUGCAUAAUCUCGACAGACUGCUUAGUGUGAGCUGUCUAUUGAUAGUGCCUUGCAAUGAAAUAGGAUACAGAGGAGGUGGCACAGCCUGCCAGUCUGUGGCACACUGGCUCUCUCUGCAUGGGAUUCACCUUAGUGAUGCUAAGUUUUAAUGUUCUGGUGUCAGGCUCGUAUACUGAGAGGUGGGCAGGCAUAAAUGAUGGUUGAGCAUGCCCUGAGGUGGGUUGUUCCCUGCUGUCUUUCUCUCCCUUCCAAACAGACUUGCAGCCCCUUUUCCCCAGCCGCCUAUCAUGAUACCAUUUGGUCUCAUGUCUAACAGUGACCAUUUAAGCAAAUUUUGCACGUUCUUUUUGCUUUUAGCCAUAGUGGCCGUUUAAAAAAAACAACAAAGUUUUGUUCAUCUUGCAGGUGUUCAAGAUCAGAAUUGUACUUUGCCAUCUGCAUAUGUAAUUCCUGAAUAGACUACCACUGACUUUGUGACCCUGGAAAAGUUACCUAACUUCUUUGUAAAUGCAGAGUAGUAGUACUACCACUUAUACCACUUUUAACUCGAAUCCAAACUUUUGCAUAAAAAGUUAUUUUACUACAGACCAAAUAAGCUUUCCAGAAAGCUUUUUAAGCAGCAGAGAAAGAUACCAUGUAAAGUCCAGUAUUUCAAGGGUUGCUUUAGAGUAGAAGUAUCUUGAUUAUACAGGAGAAAACCAUUAUUUGAAUGAGAAAUAUGUUUAAGGUUUGCUGUAUGAACCCAUAAACAAGUAAAACAUGUAGUUCAGAAUAUAAAGGACCAUACAGAAAGAUCUUGAAAAGAGAAUUCACUGCCACCUCUCAAACAAUGCUAUCUUAUUGAGAAGUGAUGCUUGAAGGAAGUCUUGUACCUCUCAAUGCAGAGUCAUUAGAUUACAACUAUUCUACAGGUACGCUUCGUCAUGUAGCACUUGUGACAGACCUCUUUAUCAAUCUUGACUACAAAUUUUCUAAACUGCAGUAUUUAGCAAUUGGGGAGUGUCAGCUGUGUUUUACUGUAUUUUGUCACUGUCCUCAAGAUUUGGAAAAAUAAUUCAUAGGUCCUAAAUCAUUUAAGCUAAGUAACUUCUUAGUAAGUGUAUUUUUAGUCAUAAUGGCAAAAGAGAGGACUGAUAUUGCAUUGGUGAAAAAAACUGUUGUAGCAGUCCUUCUGUCUGUGCCUUCCUUUAAGUAUGAUGGUUAUUGGUGGGAAUUCCAGGAUAUUUUCCCUGAUUAUGCAAAAUCUGAGUGCCGUCUACAGCACAGUUGGCAAAUAUAUCCCCAACUCCAUAAACAAAACUAACUUAGCCAUUACCUUGAGCUAGAACAGUCAAGCACAUUAGGACUUAGCAGGUGUGGAACAACAUUGAAUUAGAGUGGUCAAGCCAUUGGAAUUAGUAGCUCAGAUAGAAACAAAUCUCACUAACCACGCUGGCAAGGUUAAUCACACCCAAAUAAUGGAUUUUAAAUUUGCUAGUAAUAACAGAAUGGCUAGAUCCUUGUCCCUCUAUCUGAACAUGAAUUUAUACCAUUUGCUUAUCUUAAAACUUAAUUUAUUCAGUCUGAUUUUUACCACAGUCCUAAAUUCUCAUGCCAUGCUUUUAAAAAGAGUCUUAAAUUUCAUGUUCCUAGGAGGAUCUUAAGGAAGAUUUAAGACCUUGAUAUAUAAUUUUCAAGUCUGUAAAAAAACAGCUGGAUAAAGUUAAGGUAGAAAAAGAGAAGGCAACUUUGUGGAAGAAAGUAACUACAGUGUUCCAAAUGGUUUCCCAACACUGAUAAUUCUUGGGUUUUUUACCAGAGAGGUAUGCAGGGGAUAGUACAUAAAAAAAGCGUACUUUUUUCUUUCCUUCUUUUUUUUCUCUCUCUCUUUUUUUUUUUCCUUCUUUUUCUAAGCAAGAGUUGGGAAGGUUUCUAAGAGCUGGUUCUCUUAGUAAUACUAAUUCUUUAUAGAACUUGAUUCUGUCAGGCUUAGAGCAGUCAUUUAAGUGUGAGAUGGAAGAUUUCAGAAGUUAUUUCACGUGGUACUAUCUUGCAUGAACAAGUUUUCUUUCAUUUUAUGAUCAAAGUGAUCAAGAUAUGAACAUGGAAUCUUUAAAUUUUGCACCUUUUAAUAAAAAAUUUUGCUUUUCAUUUUAGAAUUCUGAUACAGCAUCACUGAACUAUUAUAUUGAACUAUCAUGUCUCAGUAGGUUAUGAGAAGAAAGGAAACAUUCAAUUAUGUAAUCACCUUCUUCCUGUAUGGCAAAUCCCCUCUUCAUUAUGAUUUGGCCACCACAAGAAUUGUGACUUCUUCAGCUGAAAUAACAGGUUUUUUCUCUACUGUACCCUACUAGUGCACUCUCGGAUUUUUAGUAAGUACUAAGUGCUUGCAGCAAAUGUGAGAGCAAAAAGUGAAGUGAAAAGUCUUCUCUUUCCAGAACAGGCAUGCUAAGGAAGGAGAGUAAAAUUACUCAUCAAGUUGGUCAAGACAGGAGGUCCGAACAACUUCAUUACCGUUCUCAUUCAGUCCAAAACAGAGACUACUCACGUAUACCAAAUGUCUAGCAGGAUAGUAGAUUGCUAUUGCUAUUUAAGAUUGCUGUUAUUCAGUUACUUAAAUACAUAGAUCUAUGCUUACGUUUUCAUAACUUGGGCCUUAGUAUCUUGACUGAAAUCUGCCACGCACAUGUCACGAAACAGUAAAAUAAUAGAUCAAAACAAACAGGUAAAGCUCCAGAUAUCUAACAGUGAGAAACUGUUUUCUACAGGUCAGUGGCCUAUUCUCUUCCCAUAAUUUAUAUUCAUUUUCUAAUGGCCUGAUAGUUGACUAGAACCGCAAAUAGGAGACAAAUGCAUCAUUAACUCUGCUCUAUAGUUGAGGAUGUUAACGUGAAUCUAUUCCCUCCAUCUCCUGGGGAGACAGCUUGGACUCUAGCUUGGCCACUGUAGUAGAGAGUGACAGAAUGUAAAAUGUUCUUUGCCGUGAUGGAGACAAGAGUUUUAUCUGAAGCUAAUUGCAAACAGUUUCUGUUAAAACAAUAAAUGUGAAAAGACAUAUGGCCCAGCCUACCUGACUUUCAAGGCAUUUAGAAGGGUGCAGUAAUAGUUACUGGAAUUGUAGCGUAUAAGCAGUGGGAAGUUAGCAACUAAAAGAGGGAGAAGUAAACACCUCUGAAGGGUCUCUCUUUUCUCAAAUGUUAAAGUUAACUGGGUAUUUUACAAGGAUCUGAACAUAUAAAAGCAGUAAGGGACAGAUGUGUGAAAAAAUACUGGAUAAACUAAAGGAAACUCUACCUCAUUCUUCUCUAAAGGUUUUGUAGAAGCACAAUUAAGCGCUCCUAAUGGCAUUGUUAUGUACCGACCAUCUGGCAUGAAAGAAACACUUUAUAUUUGUAUGUCUAUAAAUCCUGUAAUAACUGUAUUUUGCUGGCAGUAGAAACAGUCUAUACUAUUUGCAGUUUUCCUCAUCAAAUCUGUAAUUACGCAAUGUUUCUGUCUCCAAUAAAGGAAUUUAAUGGGCA